AUGUUGCGAUCUACGUUAUUGGUUGUGGCCCUAGGAGCCAUUGUGGCUCUUAGCAGUGCAAGCGGAAUUGCUUAUGAUGGUUACAAAAUCUUCGAAGUUGUUCCCCAAACCCAAGAACAACUGGACUUCUUGUUUGACAUCUCGAAAUAUGAAGAGUUCUAUGAUUUCCUGGCUCUGAAGAAAAUUCCCAAUCAUGUAGCCCGUGUUAUGGUCAACCCCAAUGAAGAGGAGAAUUUCCUGACAUCUUUGGACUCGCUGAAUUUAUCAUACCGCGUGCUCAAUGAAAACGUGGGCAAGACCAUUGAGCGUGAAUUCCAAUUGAGCAAACUAAAGCGCAAUUUGGCUCCAUUCAGUGGCAAGGGCCGCUUGAGCACCGAACGUUAUUAUUCUCAUGCUGAAAUCAAUGCCUAUAUUGAGGAUUUGGCCGAACGUUAUCCUGAACGUGUUGUUGUACAACAAGUUGGAAAAUCCUAUGAGGGACGUGACAUGAAAACCAUAACCAUUACCAAUGGUGAUGGCCGUAAAAUGAAGAAUGUCAUCUUCAUGGAUGGCGGUUUCCACGCCCGUGAAUGGAUUUCACCAGCCGCCGUUCUCUAUGUCAUCGAACAAUUGGUUGAAAAUUUCGAAGAGAAUGCUGAACUACUUGCCGAUUAUGAUUGGGUUAUUUUGCCCAUGGUCAAUCCAGAUGGUUAUGAGCAUACCCAGACGGGAACAUUGGCACGUAUGUGGCGUAAGACCCGUCAACCCUAUACAUUUGCGGGUAAAACUUGUUAUGGUGCUGAUCCAAAUCGUAACUUUGGUUUCCAUUGGAAUGAAGAGGGUGCAUCGAAUAAUCCCUGUGUUGAUACCUAUGCUGGACCUAAAGCUUUCUCGGAGAAUGAAACUAUUAUUGUGCGUGAUUUAAUGCAUUCGUUGAGGGGACGUGGUGUCAUGUAUUUGACCAUUCACUCAUAUGGCAAUUAUUUGCUGUAUCCUUGGGGAUGGACUUCUGAUUUACCCGACACCUGGCCCGAUUUGGAUGAAGUGGCUCGUGCUGGUGGUGAUGCCAUCUACGAGGCUACCGGUACUGUUUAUAGUGUUGGUUCUGCCACCAAUGUUUUGUAUAUUGCCGCUGGUGCUAGUGAUGAUUAUGCUUUCUAUGCUGGUUUCCCCAUUUCCAUUACCAUGGAAUUACCAGGAGGUGGUCUUACCGGUUUCGAUCCUCCAGCCUCGAAAAUUGAUCCAUAUGUCAAGGAGACUUGGAUUGGUAUUCGUGCCAUGGCUAAAAAAGUUGUUGAGAAAUAUCCCACCGAAAGGCCUGAUUUUUUGUAAA